AUGGCAUACGGACUGCCAAGAAAGAAUACGGUGAAAACCAUUUUGCGGGGCAGUUGUUACGAGGUGCAGGAACCAUGGGAUCUUGCACUACUUACAAAGACUUUGUAUAGGAACCUAGCCAACAUGAAGUUGCCUUUCGUGGGAGAGAUUCCAUUUGGGAGUCCUCUAAAGCUCACAACAUGUAAAACCGUUAAGGAUGGUCUGCUCCCUUCAGCAGAAUCCAUCAAACUUGAAAGGGAGUAUGAACUGAAGCGCCUAAAUAAACUUAAAUGUCAAGAAAAUAUAUGUAAGGAACUGCGACUUUUCCUAAGGGAAAGGCAAGCUGGUUUGAGGAGACCUCUCCCACCUUAG